UGUCGAGAGCCCUGAUUGUGUGGUGGUGGGAUGUCGUCUUUUGCUGAUUCAGCAUAGCGGGUUCGUCGAAGCUGAUGAUAAUCAAGUUGCUGUAAAGAAAUUGUAUUUGAUACCAUAGAGGGUAUAGACUUGUCCACACAGAAACGAUCUGUCUCGUCACGACCAGCGAGUUUUGGAUAGGCUAUGACGCAGAUGUUCUUCCGCAUCGAGUGGUAACCACAUGAGCUGGACAAAGUCGUGUUCCCAGAAACUGCCAAGAUUGACAAAAUUGGUCUGUAAGACGUGGUGCUUUUCUCCUAAAACUCCAACCGCGCUUCACCGUAGACAAGCCCACUUCAACAAGCAAAACCGUCCUAAAACCCGUUGAAGUUCGGAUUUCUGGCUUGUUCUGAACCUCAAGCAGCAUGCCCGUUAGCUGAGGAUGCGCUCUUCACCUGUGACAAACUUUGUGGCAAGUUUUCAUCUGCCUCCUUCAACGUGUAGGAUCAUGUAAGAUCUCAUUUCUGACAAUUGGGACCGUAAAAAAUCUCUACAGAACUUGCCACAAAGUAGUCUGCCACAAGCGAGGAAUUGUCCUAGAGUAAUUAGACGGAGCUAGGGCGUGUCCAGCGCGUACGUUUUCAAUUCAAUAUAUACGGUUCACAGUGGUGCUUGGUUGUCCAACGUGGUUAUGCGCAGAAACUGCUCCUGACCGCGAUUUAUCCGAAUGAACCGUGUUCCGUGGACAGUAAGCGUACACGCUGGACAGCACUUAGCGGAUGGCUCAAGCGAAUUAUCUGGGUUUCGUUACCACUUCAAUAAACUGGUCAGAGCAGGAUUACUAGUAGGAUGUAAUGAAAGCGAGCUUGCAGUAGCUGAAGGACGCUUGUAUCGAGUGUGACAAUGUCGGGCGAGCUGGAGCACAUGGCGGCGGGGACGGGCAAGGGCGAGGAGCGCAAGGAGGUGCAGCGGAAGAAGCAGGCCCGGUUCUCGGGGAACGACGACGCCGACGACGACGACGAUGAUACCAAGCCUCGGCGCGCAGUGCUGCCGGAGAAGAAGCCCAAGAAGGUCAAGGGUGCGCCGCCCUCCGCUGACGUCAGCGCCAUGGAUCUCGACGACUUGGGCGCGGAGCCCGGCGCGGCGGGCGGAGGCUCCGCGGGCGCGGCGGCGCUGAUGGACUCCGCGGACCCGCGCGUGGCGGCGCAGGCGCGCGCGCAGCAGCGGAAGCGGGGGAAGAACAAGUGGGGGGACACGGCGUUUGGGGGCGUGGAGGACGUGGUGGGCGCGGAGGAAGACUUCCAGGGCGAGGAGGAGGAGAAGGAGGCGAUAGAGCCGUUCAACCUGCAGCAGGAGCGCGAGGAGGGGUACUUCGACGCCGAGGGCAACUACGUGGAGUACAGAGAGGACACGGAGGCCACUGACGCAUGGCUGGCAACAGCAGAGGUGGACCCCACCCUGGCCGCCAAGGCGGCAGCGCGCGCAGAGGCAGCGGCUGCAGCGGAGCAGGCGGGGGAGGGCGGCAUGGGGCACGCGGAGAUGGCGGCGAUCAGGCGGCGCAUUGCUGAUGCGCUGAACCCCGGGGAGACGGUCAUUCAAGAGGUGUACUCGGACAAGAUGGAGACGUUUCAGCGGGAGGCGGAGGGGUACGAGGCGAUCCUGAGGGCACGACAGGGGCUGCUGGGGGGAGGGGCUGGCGAGGAGAGUACGGGGGAGAAAGGAGGUGGGGAGGAGAGAGGGAAUGGGAAGGGAGGAGGGGAUGGUGUGGACAUCUACUACUACAACAAGGAGGUGGGCUACUACUAUGACGCCACCUCUGGGCUCUUCUGCAGUGCUGCUAACGGCACAUGGUACCGCUUCAACGAGGCCACAGGCGAGUACGAGGCGGUUGAAGGCGACUCGAAGCACGCAGAUGCGCCACACGCAGCAGGUGCGGACGCUGCAGGCGAUGCUGGCGGUGUGCGAGGCGAGGCGGACAAGGCUGGCCCAGGCAGGGCAGCAGACGAGGGCAAGACAAGGCUGGAACAGCAGCGGGGGAAGGGACGACGGCUGCUGCUGCCGCUGGGGAUGGGUAAAGGCACUUGAUGUCCAUACCAGGAGCGCUGUGGUUUCCAAUUGAUCAGCAGCAAUCUUGCAGCAAAAUCAAUGACGUUUGAGAAAUGAAUGUGGAUUGUGCACCUGGGAUAUGGUUGGAAUGGGUCAUGGGCCAUGCGGCAUGCCCCCACUCAUGUUGCCUGGAAGCUCUGUUGAGCCAAUCGGAAGGCUCUCCACCAGCACCACUACCAGCAAUCCCACCGCACCUUUUAUGAUCCCUCCCACCCAGCUACCGGUAUUGAUCCAUUUGUGCACUACUACCAGCCUUACACCCGUUGCAUGACUUCGGUGGACGCCCUCCUGCUGCUGGAGCGCCUGAGGGAGCUCAGGCGCCUGCGAGUGGUGAAAGCGCGGAGACAAGCACACAUCUGCAAGACCUCCAUUCGCGGCUGACAUAUGCGUCUGCUGCCGGCCCCCGCCUCCCCCUGUGUGAGCUGGUAGCAGUGAGGCGCCAGUGGGACGCCUUCCUCCUGCCAUCACCGGCCCACCCGCCAAGCCCUCAACUCCAGUGCCCUCACGUCUCACCAGUCCAUCUAGCCCCUCCCGCUGCUCAAACCCCUCAGUGCCCGCACAUCCCUCCGCUCAGAGCAAUCACCUCCUCCAUCCAAGGUGCUUUCUUUGCGAGUGCUGCUCCCCCUGCUGCUGCUAAUGCUGGUGUUGCAUCUGCUAGCGCCACUCACUCCGUGGCUACACAUGAUGCUCACCUCACCACCUCCCACCUACCAGG